AUGUUUCUCGCUCCCUUCCAAAUUUUGCUGUUGGCAGCAUAUCUAAUGCCUGGCGCCUCGUCUCAUCCUUACGGACCAGAGACCAAUAACGCUAUCUUCUUUUUGACGAAUGAUCAGACCAAUGCGGUGGUUGCGAUUCCCAUAGGUGCGGAUGGAAAGCUGUCAGGCGGUACCGUGACUGGUACUGGCGGCGCAGGGUCAAACAGCAUCAAUGGCAAUACCAAUGAACCUGCCAGUCCAGAUCCUCUGAUCGGACAAUCGGCCAUUGUUGUUGCUGGACAGAACGUCUUUGCAGUAAAUGCUGGCAGUAAUACCUUGUCGAUGCUAUCAAUUGACAUGCAGGACCCUACCAAGUUGACGAUGGUGGGCCAGCCAAUGCCAGUCCAAGGAGAAUUCCCAAACACCGUUGCGGUGUCGAUGAAGAACCGACUCGUCUGUGUUGGCACCACUGGCGCCAAAAAUGGCGUGUCUUGCGCCACGUUCUCGAAACAAGGCUUGGACCCGUUCGACGACCUCAGGUCUUUCGGCCUGGUGCAGUCAACACCACCGGUCGGCCCAACGAACUCUGUGUCGCAACUGUUCUUCUCAGAAGACCAGACGAUGCUCUUUGCCACUGUCAAGGGAGAUCCAGCUGUCAAUGCAACUGGCUUCUUCUCGGCUUUUCCGGUCCAAAAUGCGGCAGGAUGGCCGGGAAAAGGAGGUGCUUCUCUUGCUACUAUGGACACAAGAAGCUCUCCAGCUGGGACAGCCGUCCUAUUUGGCUCAGCCAAUAUCCCAGGCACCUCGUCCGUGUUCGUCACCGAUGCCUCCUUUGGCGGUGCUAUCCUGUCGGUGAACCCAGCCAACGGCCAGGCGACUCUUGUCGCCAAGCAAACCAUCGACGGUCAAGCCGCCACAUGCUGGGUUACCAUAUCGCGCAUGACCGGCAGCGCAUUCGUAACCGACGUGUUGAGAAGUCGCAUUGUGGAGAUGGACGUCACGAAUGCAAGUAUACUGAGCAUCACCGAUUUGUCUGCCACCGGUUCCCCGGGCUUCCUCGACCUCAUAUCCGCCGGGUUUGCCAUAUAUGUCCUCGCCCCUGGCAAUGCGACAACACCGUCUGCUGUAACCGUACUGGAUGUGUCAGGCGGCCAAGGGAAUGCCAAACUCCUACAACAGUUUGAUGUCUCGAGCCUCGGGGUCGGAUCCAAUGCGCAAGGCAUGGCUAUGCUGCGAAAGUAG